UCUUUCACUCCCACCCCAAGGAACACAAACAAUGGCUCCAAUUUCUCAUGCAAAGCUGCCAGAAGCCUUCGUAUGGCCAGAAAGAGAUCGGCCGGCCUUCGCAGCGGGGCAGCCGCUCAACGAGCCGGUGAUCGACCUCGCCGGGUUCCUCGCCGGUGAUGAGGCCUCGACUCAGCUUGCUGCCGAGCUCGUCAGCUCGGCCUGCCGGAAACACGGUUUCUUCCAGGUGAUAAACCAUGGAGUGGACACAGAGCUCACAUCUGCGGCACUUCAUCACAUGGAUGAGUUUUUCAGGCAGCCGCAGCAUGAGAAAAAGAGGGUGAGGGGCUUCUCCGAUGGUCAUUCCCACCGUUUCGCUUCCAAAUUGCCUUGGAAGGAGACGCUCUCCUUCCCCUUCCAGGCCUCUGAUCCAACGCUUGUGCUGGACCAUUUCCAAGCCACCAUGGGCCAUCAUUCUUUCUCAUCAGGGUUGGCAUUCAAGGAGUACUGUGAAGCGAUGACAGAGCUUUCAUUGAACGUAUCAGAACUGCUGGCCAUCAGUUUAGGGCUGGAGAGGAUGAGUUUCAGAAGGUUCUUCGAAGACAGUUCGUCAAUAAUGAGAUGCAAUUACUACCCUGCCUGUGAGAAGCCGGAGCUCACUCUGGGGACAGGGCCCCAUUGUGAUCCAACCUCUCUCACCAUUCUUCACCAGGACCAUGUUGGAGGGCUCGAGGUCUUUGCUGAUGGAAAAUGGCAUCUGGUCUCCCCUAAGCCUGCUGCUUUGGUCAUCAACAUUGGUGAUACUUUCAUGGCAUUGACGAAUGGGAAGUACAAAAGCUGCCUGCACCGGGCGGUGGUGAAGAAGGAGAGCGAGAGGAGGUCGUUGGCUUUCUUCCUCUGUCCCAACAAGGAGAAGACGGUGGGGCCGCCGGAGGAGCUGCUGCGCCGGGACGGCUGGAGGAGGGCGUAUCCGGACUUUACCUGGGCAGCCCUCUUCGACUUCACUCAGAAGCAUUAUAGAGCGGACACGAACACCCUUGACGCUUUCAGCUCUUGGAUGUGCCCUGAAUUAAGUCCUUUCACUAAACAAUAUACUUCGAGUUAACUAUUUUCUACCUUAUUUCACCUCAAUAUGCUGUUGUAUGUGUAUGUUGAAGUGAGAAAUUUUCUCUUCAAUUAUAUAACCUCUCUCUCUCUCUCUCUCUC